AUGCAUAUUGAUACAUCCCCUUAUAACAAACCUAGCUAUUCAUUAAUUAUUAGCUCAUAAUGGAAGUGGAAAGAAUACAAACCUUGUCUUUGAACCAGCUCAAGGAGCUUCCACCCCAGUUCAUCCGUCCAGCCAAUGAAAGGCCAGAGAACACCAAAGCCAUAGAAGGUGUCAUUGUGCCUCUCAUCUCACUGUCUCAGUCACAUCAUCUUUUGGUGAAGGAAAUAGCUGAAGCUGCUUCUGAGUGGGGAUUUUUCGUCAUAACCGACCAUGGUAUGUCACAAACAUUGAUCCAACGUUUGCAAGAGGUUGGUAAGGAGUUCUUUGCCCUCCCUCAAGAAGAGAAAGAGGCUUAUGCAAAUGACUCUUCCGAAGGUAAGUUUGAGGGAUAUGGCACAAAAAUGACCAAAAACCUUGAAGAAAAGGUGGAGUGGGUUGAUUAUUUUUUUCAUCUAAUGGCUCCUCCUUCUAAGGUCAACUAUGACAUGUGGCCGAAACACCCUUCUUCCUACAGGGAAGUGACACAAGAAUACAACAAGGAGAUGUUAAGGGUAACAAACAAGGUUUUGGAGCUUCUGUCCGAAGGCUUGGGCUUAGAGAGGAAGGUUUUAAAGUCCAGGUUGGGAGAUGAAGAAAUAGAGUUAGAAAUGAAGAUAAAUAUGUAUCCACCAUGUCCACAGCCACAUCUAGCUUUGGGAGUUGAACCUCACACUGACAUGAGUGCCCUUACCAUACUCGUCCCAAACGAAGUUCCAGGCCUCCAAGUUUGGAAGGAGAAUAGUUGGGUUGCGGUCAAUUACUUGCAAAAUGCACUCAUGGUACAUGUUGGUGAUCAACUUGAGGUGUUGAGUAACGGAAAGUACAAGAGUGUUCUGCAUAGAAGCUUGGUGAAUAAGGAACGAAAUCGCAUGUCAUGGGCAGUGUUUGUUGCGCCUCCACAUCAGGCAGUGAUAGGGCCUCUUCCUUCUCUCAUCAAUGAUCAGAACCCACCCAAGUUUUCAACAAAAACCUAUGCUGAGUAUCGUUAUCGCAAAUUCAAUAAGCUUUCCCAAUAAGGGACCAAAACAUCAUCACUUGUGUUGUCACGGUGAAAUAAAUUUGUAAGCCAUGAUGGAGGAUAACAAAGUAGGAGCUAACUCUCCAUUUUGGUUAACAAGUGUAGCUAAUUUCUAUUAUGCUUUUGAAGUAAACAGGGCUUUGUCCCCUUGGCAUUUGGUACAUGCCAUAUUCCUUAAGAAUACAAUAAGGCUAUAUUCCUGUUCUACUUCAUUAAGAGUCACUGAGUGAGAUUCGUAUGCACUUUUUUGAUGGCCUAA